GAAGAUAGAAAUAUGCUUAAAUAAUCUUCACGUCUUUAUAAGCUCGCAAAUCACUCAGGCGAUCUCGGUGAGGACCUCUAAAUGCUAUUUAAUCCAUGCAGCCUCCAUCCAGGGUACGGUACUUCACAGUGAGCUAUAACUUACGCAUCGCGGGGCAUUCCAGCUACUUGCGGCAGCGGGGCAGAUAAAUUCCCCGACGUCACCGCAAUAGCUUGCAUAGGAAGAACUUGGGCAGGAACAACCAACGAGAGGCACAGUCCCAAUCUUCUUCACAAUGUUUACAGGUCUGGUAGAAGAGAUCGGAGAGGUCUCUGAACUCAACCCCCAGGAUGCGACCGGCGGCACCUCUCUGACGAUUACCCUGCCGCCAUCCUCGGGACUUGUCUCCGACGCGCAGCUCGGCGACAGCAUAGCGAUCAACGGCGUGUGCCUGACCGCCACCUCCAUCACGCCCUCCCCGCCCUCCUUCACGGUCGGCAUCGCACCCGAGACGCUGCGGCUGACAGACCUCGGCGCCCUCGUGAAGGGCUCCAAGGUCAACCUCGAGCGCGCCGUCCGCGCCGACACGCGCAUGGGCGGCCACUUCGUCCAGGGCCAUGUGGACUCCACCGCGACCAUCGUCAAGAUCACGCCCGACGGCAACGCCCUGACCUUGCGCUUCAGCCCCAAGGACAAGGGCGUGCUGCGCUACGUGGUGCACAAGGGCUUCAUCGCGCUCGACGGGACGAGCCUGACCAUCACUGCGGUCAACGACGCCGAGGGGUGGUGGGAGGUCAUGCUGAUUUCCUACACACAGGAGAAGGUGGUGCUUGCUCAGAAGAAGGAAGGCGAUACCAUCAACGUCGAGGUCGAUGUGCUGGCCAAGUAUGCCGAGAAGAGCAUGGCUGGCUACCUGCAGGGUGAUGAGGGUGCGCUCAAGCCCAUCGUGGAGAAGAUUGUGCAGAACCUGGUCGCGCAGGCCAUGGGAGCGCAUUCGGCAUAGAUCAGACAUGACGUGAUAGGACAGAGUACGGCGCAAACAGCCGCAAUAUCACACAAGAGGUUCUUGAUAUGAGUUUCAUCACGAGACCCCUAAUUUGUACCUGCAUAUUCUACAAGUCAAGCACCGUCCAACAAGAUGUUGCAACAAACUAUGUCUG